AUGCUGUUCGAUUAUGGAAUUCUCUUCCCCAUGAGAUUAGAAAAGCAAAAGAACACUAUCUUUUAUUCUUUUUACGACGAGUUCGGUCAGUUCGCGCUGCGGUACGUCACGGCCGAGGGUACAGUCGUGUCCGAGAGGGGCCGGCUCGUGCCUGACCACGAGGGCACCGGCUACGUCAUGAUCAUUGAGGGCGAGACCACGUACAUCGGCGAUGAUGGCAAGACCUACGUCACUAAGUACACCGCUGGCCUCGACGGUACCCACGUCGAAGGCAACCACCUCCCAGUGCCCGUCACCCCUGAGCCUGUUCCUGCUGUGGAGCCCAUCGUGGCUCCUGAAGCCCAAGUCGUUGCCAAACCAGUAGAGUAUGUAAUUGAGCCUUUCAACAACAUUGUUACCAAGUUGCAUUAAAAUAAUAAAUUUUGUCAUAAACUUUA